UUGUUUCAGCUGGAAACAACUUUUGUUGCGUUGGUUUUUAUACUCAAGUGUAUCAUCGUAGUAGAGAGUCUUUUCCUGAAUCACCACCCGUAUGAGAAUGAUGAGAGGCAGCAGAUAGCAGAUCGCAGAAUUGUGAUUGGGUCAAAAGAGCCGCGUGACAUAAAUAGAAGCUUCCUGGCAGGUUAUCGGGGAAGGCCUGGAAAUAAAAUGAGACAAAGAUUUAGAUAUCCAUGGAGAUCAAGAAUCACGAAAUUUGCGACGAUCAAAGCGAAUCCGGACAUUUGCCGAAACCACUCGAGGGUUAACCGAGUGGAAGACGAGCCCGGCCCAGUCGUGUGUUUAAGAAAGUCAGAACAUGACCUUUUGGUACAAUUAGGGUCUACUGGAGGGUUAAACAAACGAUAUGCGGCUGUUAACAUCACUGACGCAAGUGGUUUUGAGGAUCUAACCACUUUCCCGGAGGGACAACCGAAGACACCCGAUCAUGAUCCGAAAAAAACCGAAGUGAUGAACUUGACGGAAAGCACGAAGCACCAUGCACCUAUGCGCCAAGCUGACAAAGAGGAACUUGACUUGAAGAAACAACAGCGCCUGAAAAGGAGCCUUCCUACGUCUCCAGGCACAUUUUUCCGUGGGUGUCAGAAACGGGGCACAAUCACAAAAGGCACCAAUUUGCACCGCUUAUGCACGGAAUGUUCAGCCACCACUCGGCUUAGUGACGAUCGGUUCCCAAAGUACAUCAACGAAGUUAUUUGCCGGGAUAGCGACCACCAGUGUGCUGCCAACAUGGGGCUUUGUUUCCAGCGAACACAUCAACUUGAUUUCUUGCGGUUUACUGGCAAGUUCGCGCCUGAUAUUAAAAUGACUAACUUUGCUGGCAAGCCUGUGUAUAAGGAAGUGUGGGACUUCUACACACAGGAGAUUCGAUCGUGCUGUGAGUGUGAAAUGUACCCUCAUAUUUAUCGUGCGAUUAAGUCGAGGAAUGGCGGAGAUGACGGAGAUGACGGAGAUGAUGACGGAGAUGAUGACGACGACGACGACGAUGAUGAUAGAUAA